AUGUAUGAACUGCGAAGCACGAAACUCAUCCGCUUCCGCUUUCGUAAUUAUUUACUUCCAGAACACGUUUGGCGCACGGAUCUCGAUUUUAUGGUCACCCACAGCGAUCGUUUGGUGGUGCUAUCGUUCAUGACCUCCUCACCGACGUACCCGAACACGACCACAGCACGCCCGCCGAUGAGCGAGCUGGAGCGCAAGCUGUACCGCAACGGAUACUUCGAGCAGAGUGAUCUCGUGGAAAAGUUCUCCGACUAUGACGAUGACAUCGCUACGCUGGACACUAGCGACGAGGCGUUCCGCACGCACGAAGCACUCGAGAUGGGCACACAGCUGUUCGCUGGCAGCUCCUCGAUUGCUAUCUCAACGAUGGAAAACUUCAAUGUACCGGGCGAAAAUCCAACUACACUUCACACGCUUCCACCGAUGCGUAACCUCAUCACCACGACGACAACUACAAACGCACCGAGACUUAAACAACCGGUAUCUACCCUGGGCACCGUGCCGAACACAAGCCUGGAGCGAUCCAGCAGUCGCGAAAGCCGGCGACGAGAUCCGAACCGUAGCAACCAUCACCGAAAGACGUCUCACUCGACGACGAGCGGGAAGGGACACGUUGGCGGGAAGGGGAAAUCACAUCACACCAACCAUCACCAACAUGGACAGCAUCAUCAAGAGCAUCGGAAUCGGUACACGGAAGAGAUCGAUACGCGGUUGGAGCUGGAGGAACAGCAGGAACUGGACUGGAGUUUGCUCAAUCAACCCGAAGGUACACCAACGCUCAUCGAAGCGUCCACCGGGGGAAAGCAAGUGUCCAGCAAAGCGAAACCAUCUGGCACUAGCUCUCCAACAAUCUCGGCCCCACCCGGCACCACGCGAGGCACUGUCGCAAAGUCCGACUCUAGUCAUCCGAAGCGUCCAACAACUGCUCAACCAAUCUCCACGACGACGACCACCACGACCACUGUUCCGAAUGUAACGAAAAAGGUCACAACUACCACCACCACCACCAAGGACAGUGACAUUCACAUCCUGAAGCCGGUAAAUAUCCCGGAAAACAUUAUCCCCUCCACACCGGUCACGACCAACUCCAAGAUUAUCGAGAUCAAACCAAAGUCCAGCACGACAACCAGCACCAGCAGCGCGUCCGGAGCGCUGUCCAGAGCGGCCACGAUCAGCCGCAAAAGCAGACACUCGGAACCGUUGUCCGCGAUGGAAACGUUCAACAGCGAAAGUUUGGAAAGCAUCGAAAACAUCCCGAGCGUUGACGAGGACGAGUUCAUCAUUAAGGAUGAGCACGGGAUGGAGAUUAAGCCAGCGUUUCUGAUUGGUGCCGCACCGGGCAACUUGACGCUGCGAUCGAUGCAACUGUCCGGGUUUCCGGCCAUGUUGGCUAAGAUCUUCGGCUCACCGAGCGAGCGUCAGUUUAGUGCCGCAUCCGCGUGGGCCGGCGUACCGAGCCUGGAGUUUGUGAAUCUUGCCAUUGCGCUAGCAGUGUGGGCCGUCCGCUAUCCGUCCGUCUUUUGGCACACGUCCAAAUCGUUCGCCUGCCUGUUCAGCCUGCAGAUGAUUGCGAACGGGGCGGACAUACUGCUUAGCUUCGCUGGUGCCAGUGUGCUGUACAAGCUGCAAACCCUGGGCCAAGCGCUUCCACUGCAAGCCCCGGCCCUGAUCCUGAACGGGACCGUCACGAUCGCCCUGACCAUCCUGGCGCUUAUUCUCACGAUAGCGUCCUCGAUGGUGCUGUACCUGUACGGGCACGGGAAGUUGGCGGCGAGAGUGCGCGAUCGUCGCAUGAUCACGGCCAAACAGAGCGCAGACGUUUGGGCGUACUUUGCGCACUGUUCGUCGCUCUGCUUCGUACUAGCGCUGGCCGUCGUUAAGGCACCACUGAUGCACGAUCUUAGCGCCACCUAUCGGGGAAGUCUUGACGGUGCUGUACUCGCUGCUGCUCUCGGUUCCGUGAUACAUCUAUUUCUGUGGAUCGUCCUAUGGCUGGGACUGACGGCCAAACGACGCUGGCACUUCAAACUCCCCCCACUGGACGGUGGUCGACUGGUUGGAGCGGCCGGUGCCUCUAGUCAACCGUUGCUGCGUGGAAAUGGAAGUCUCCGCUCACCGAACGGUACCCCGGUGAAUGCUCUGCAGGGUGGUCAAGGCGGUGGACCUGGCAGUGGUCCGGGCGGUGGCCCCGGCACGGGAUCGGGCGGCGAAGAGGAAACGAUCUACUGGCCGAAGAUUGCGCCAAACUCGCCGAAGCUCAAAGUAACAUUCAACGAAGUAACCAGUACGUCCUCCGAACUCGCUCACGGUCCUCACGAACAUGGCAACAAGCGCCAUCCGUCCGGUGGAACCACGAUACGUAUGUCCAGUAUUACGGGGGAAGCUGAUGACGGAGACUACGCUACGCUAAGGGGCCCAACGGGCGAUCUGCUUCAUCUCGGUCCGUACGAACAUCCCGCACCCUCUGGAUCACCUCCACCUCCACCACCACCACCUCCCCAGCUGCUGGACGAUUGUGAUCUGCUGGAUGAGGCCAGCAACAGUAAUACGCUCGUCGGAAGUGCCAACGAUCAUGCAGACGACACGUCGGAGGAGGGCAAACUGUUGGCCUGUGUGCGGGACGACAGUGUCACGUAUGCUUCCACGCGCGACCUCGAACCUCCGAUCACUCGUACAAUGUCACGCGAAACGUUCAUGCGAUCGCCGGAACAGCUCAGCAGUCCGCUGGCGCCGGUCACCGUUACCGUGCACAACCAUCUGGAGAAUGCUGCUCCCGGCUCAACACCACGCUGUCUCCGUCGGGCAGACUCCGGCAUGCCAACCGAAGCACUCACGCCCCGGUCCGAUUCCACCUCGACGGAAAGCUCAACCUCACCGCCCGACUGUCGCGAUGCGCCCUCCGAAACUUCGAGCGGUGUACACUCGGGCGAAGAGCGUGACGAGGUGGUCAUAAGACCCCGAUCGGGUCCUUACAAAUCCAUCAUCAAGGCUCCACCGCCCGCCAUCCAGGAGGAACCGUUCGGACGCUCGACCAACAUGAAGAUGUCGAGCUUCAACAAGGAUGGCACGAGCGCGACGCUUCCACUAACCCGCGGUGCUUCCGACAUGCACCGAUCGGACUAUCCGCAGUGCAGUACGAUGCCCCUUCCGGCAGGUUACCAUCAGCAGCAGCAUCAUCACUAUCACUCGCAGACAUCCUUCACGCCGCCCCAUUCGGGCUCGCGGCAACAGAUCCAACCCCAGCACCGCACGACCCUUCCGAACGAUGUCCGUUACGCGACAUCUUCCAACCAGUUCCUCAAGCGGCUACCGUACAUGAAGAACGCAGAAUCGCCCUACGGACAUCUGGGACUCGGUGCCGGCCAUCAUACCUUCUCCAAGCUUCUGCAUGACCCGCUCGCAAUGCCAUCGGCAGGCGUCGGUAUGCCGGUGCACUCGCACUCGAACCACAGCACGUUCCUGCCGCCGGCCACCAUCCCGGAGGAUCGUGAUUCCGCCAACUACUCCAUGAUCUCCGACCAGGAUCGGGAAAUGUACAUAAACGCGUCACAGAUCAAUGGCAUGCAGAUGCAGCAUUAGAGAGGGAGAGCGAAGGACCCCAGAUCUCACGUAAUUCGUAAACCUCGAAAUCAUAAUGGCGCACAAUCUAUUCGCAUCUUAGGGAGAAAGUCCAAGCGUUUGGUUUCUGUACAAAGUCAAAAGAAAAAAAAAAUCUCACACUCAUAUAGAUCUUGUAUACUUAGUGCUAGGGCAUCACCUAAUCCAGUUUUUCUUUCGAAGACCAGUUCGUGUACAUAAACCCAUUCCCCUUCGAUUAGUGUAGGACAAAAAGAUCGCAUUCACAAUUGUUCCCCGAUACGGUGACAUCAUCCUUCAGCUUUAAUGCUAGCCGAAUAUGCGCCCCCUCAUCCACGUAGAUGAGGAGAGUCCCCGUUUCUUCAUCGCAGCCCUAUCUCCCCAGAAGAUACUCAUUGUCCACUACUCAUAAUCACUAGCUUUUGACUGCAUUAUGGGGCGUUAAGGUCCAUACUAAUAUCCGACAAAAGACUCUUGUAGACUGCACCGCCAAAGCAUAUCCUCUAGACACUCUGACCACAACCGAUGGAACCACAAUCCGAAUCUCGUCAUAUCACUGUUUUAUCUCGCCAAAAACCCCCCCCAUAAAAAGAGAGAGCAAGCAAGCAUAGAGCAUAUAUUUUCAAACACACACACACACACAUACACCUAAUCAUGGCCACAGAUUGUCCGCAGUCGGAUCAAAUGUAUUUUGAGCGAUUUAUACUCACACUAUCAUAAGUAGCCCCAUUUCAUCCCGAGCAAAACGCUCAUUAAUAGCUCACCCAUCAGCAACAACGAGAUGGCCAAAACCCACAUACAGGAAUCAAUCGAAAGAAAAAACAACAUGGCGUCCGGGGAACAGGCCAGCCACGAUAGUUGGAUGAAACACAAGAUUUUGCAGCAAAACAAGUAUUGUAAAACCACAGGACAAUAUUAACAUGAGACCGAUUUUUCGCUUUCUACUUCUACCACUACCAACGGCGGCCGGUUUGGCGCGGUACGGUAGUGGAACUUUAGCGUACAGUAUACAUAUAUAGGAACUAAUAGGUGUAUUGUGGCAGGAUGUUGAACCCGAACACAAUAAGCUAACCAUAUAGAGCAGAGGGGGCGCGAAGAGAGAAACGUACUCACACACACACAGACACAAAUGAUCAUCAAUAUCAGUAACUGAACGAGCUCAAUACAUCCAUCUCGUAGCCAGCAUUCGACAAGAUGGCGACCCUAGUGGAAGUCUCCCCUUGUUCGGUGUACGAUAAAAUUGGCCGGUCGGCGUAGUCAAAAUUUACAACCACCAUUUUACCACACGGGCGACGAUUUUGUAACGCAAAUUUACAGCCGAGCAAGCAGGGUGAGCAGGUGAAAGCUCUUCUAAUAUCAAUAUCACUCUACUACCACUACCUAAUACUACUGCUACUGUCACAUUAGUUCAGCUUUUUGCCAGCAGGAUGGAGCAAUGGAAGGCCAUGUGAUGAUGAAGCAAAGGGAGACACUACACUGUAAGGCUUAUUUGCAUUUUAACUACGCUGAAGAAAGUAGUAGGAAGCAUCACGCUAUUAUCACUACUAUCACUACUACAUCCGGGGCUAAUAAUACUGAUGGUGGCCCAGCGGAUGGCUGGCCCGUAAAAGAGAAAAGCUUAUUUAUAUAUAGACCCAAAUAUAUAUAUACAUAUACAUAUACACAUAGGACAGAGUGCGUGCGUAAGCUAACGGCGCCGACCAUGCUGUCGCAGCCACGUGGCCGAGCAGACGGUGCGAGCGAACGUGUUGGCGCGAAAGGAUCAUGGAUGAGAAACCGUAAUAUUUAUUUGUAAGCUUAUGUUCUUCAACCCGUUUCUUAGUCAAUGUGGCGUACUGCUGCUUCUUUUACGAAUUUAAUUUUCCCAUCAUUAGCUAAGGACACUGGGGAAAACCAAUGUAAUGUACAGGUUGCCUUAGCACGGGGCAGCGCAAACGAGCAUUCGUUCGACAGCUUAUCAGCUGCUAAGAAAGGAAAGGAAUAUUAAAACGUGUAACAACACACCCGAAUAUCUCGAAUAAUAACUUCCCAAUUGGCAGUUUUAAUUUGUUUUCAAAAUUUGUUUUCCUUAAUUCCCGGGCGGAUGCUGAUCAACGCCCAGCGGAUGGGGGGGGGUGAAGGCUGAAUUCGUCGCCAACAUAAGAAGACUGAUUAGAUUGGUUUUCAGCACGCAUAUGCCGAACGAGCUUUCUUUGUGUCUUUCGCCGAUUUGUUUUGCGGUAUUCUUGGGGUAUCUGAUUUCGUUCGUUAGUUCGAUUGUGUAUAGUAGAAAUUGUCACAAAACGAAAGCGCAUACAAAUGUGAAUUCUAUCAUCAUUAACCGUACGCUAACAGAAAAUGGUGCAAUUCCUUUCUCUACUUCCGGUGAUCUCUCUCUCUCUCUGUAUCCCAUUUCCAUUGGAACGCAUGACGCUGUAUAGAGCUAACCUUACAUCGAGCGCCAUCCGGGGCUCACGUAAAAGCAAACGGAAAACCAAACCAAAACACAGAAAUAAACCACCGCUUUAUGUAAAUCUAA